AUGCGUAGGCAGGAUUACACGCCAAUAAGACUGAUGAUGAGACGUAAGUGGGAAGUUUUCCCCGGCCGAAAUCAAUUUUGCUGCGGCGGCCGCUGCAUUUUGUCGCACGAGACGGGUGUCUUCAAGUUGACGUUGGUGCUUAUUGUCAUCACUGGCAGUCUUUUUUUCAUAUUUGAUGCACCAUAUCUGUGGGAGCAUGUUCAUCCGAUUAUUCCACUCAUCAGUGCUGCACUCUUUGCUUGGACUCUGGCGUUUCUUUUCAGAACAGCCUGCAUGGAUCCAGGAAUAUUACCGCGCUCAGCUAUAGCAGAGUCAGAGUUUUACGAGGCUGCAAGUUAUGAACAAGGAGAGGCUGGUGCUAUGUAUGUGCCACCUGCAAGAACAAAGGACAUCACAGUUAAUGGCAAAACCAUGAAGCUGAAGUAUUGCUUUACAUGCAAGGUGUUUCGCCCACCGAGGACAUCACAUUGCAGCAUGUGCAAUGUGUGUAUUGAGAAUUUUGAUCAUCAUUGUCCUUGGGUUGGGAAUUGUGUUGGAAAAAGGAACUACCGAUAUUUCUUUCUAUUUCUUUUCAUGUUAUCUUUGUUAUGUAUCGACAUUUUUGCUUCUAUCAUCUGUCAUCUUGUCGUCGAGAGUAAAGAAGACAAGAACUCAUUUGUGGAUGCUUUGCAGGCCAACCCAGCAAGUAUUCUGGAGGCAGUUGUUUGCUUCUUCUCCAUUUGGUCUGUUGUCGGUCUAACAGGAUAUCACUGCCAACUUGUUGCCACUGCCCAGACAACCAAUGAAGAUAUUAAGGGAUCAUACAGUCGUAAGCGUGAUUCACAGAAUUUCAACCCAUUUGCUUCUGGUAGUUGGUGUGGCAACUGUCUUAAUGUUGUCUGCUCCCCGGUUCCACCAAGUCUCAUUGAUAAACGAGGUUUUGUGACAAGUCAGUAUGAGGAGCAUUACGGUAUUGAGGCCUGUCAUGAGCGCUAUGGGGCUAUACCGAUAUUUGAACAGCCAUUUUCAGGUGGCCAAGUUAGUCGACCACCUCAAGCACAACACGUGACUAGAGAUGUCGACGAUAGAAUUCAAUUGCAUAGUCAUAUGGAGAAUUAGCGGUGCCCACUGACAUGUUUUCAGUAGUAUGAUGGUGAGUGUGUAGAAAUCUAGACAAUGUAUUGUUAUUGCAACUGGUUUUUACACUGUAGAAAGUGUUUCUUGUGUUAGCUGACAGGUAGACUACGUAUAGGAGAUUCAAUUUUCUUAUAAUUUUGUCA